GGGCCCCCCGCCCGCCCCCGGCCCCCGCCCGCCCCCUCCCCGGGCCCGCUCGCCCUCCGGGGCGGUGGGGCAUGGCCUGAGGUCCCCCGAGUCCGGGGGGGUGGGGGGUGGGGGGAGGGGGGAGGGGCCGCGGGCGCCGCCGACCCGGACGCUGCAGCCCCGCCAGGCAGCCACCUGUGAUGCUGCCGACCCCCGUCGCCCCGUGGCCCCACGAUGACCCACAGCCCCGCCUCAAGCGAGGACGAGGACCCACACAGCAUCAGCGAGUGUCCAGAGGGGGGCUCCGAAUCCGAGAGCUCCCCAGACGGGCCCGGAAGAGGCCCCCGAGGGACCCGGGCCCGGGGCCACAGCGGAGCACCCACUAGCCUGGCCUCCAUCCGAGGCCUCCAAGGCCGGUCCAUGUCUGUCCCGGACGACGCCCACUUCAGCAUGAUGGUCUUCAGGAUCGGCAUCCCGGACCUGCACCAGACAAAAUGUCUGCGCUUCAACCCCGACGCCACCAUCUGGACCGCCAAGCAGCAGGUGCUGUGCGCGCUGAGCGAGAGCCUGCAGGACGUGCUCAAUUACGGCCUGUUCCAGCCGGCCACCUCGGGCCGCGAUGCCAACUUCCUGGAGGAGGAGCGGCUGCUGCGGGAGUACCCCCAGUCCUUCGAGAAGGGGGUGCCCUACCUGGAGUUCCGAUACAAGACCCGCGUUUACAAACAGACCAACCUGGAUGAGAAGCAGCUGGCCAAGUUACACACCAAGACUGGCUUGAAGAAGUUCCUGGAGUAUGUGCAACUCGGCACGUCUGACAAGGUGGCCCGGCUGCUGGACAAGGGGCUGGACCCCAACUAUCAUGACUCGGAUUCAGGAGAGACCCCCCUGACCCUGGCUGCGCAGACCGAGGGCUCCGUGGAGGUGAUUCGAACCCUGUGCCUGGGGGGGGCCCACAUCGAUUUCCGAGCCCGGGAUGGCAUGACAGCGCUGCACAAGGCGGCGUGUGCCCGCCACUGCCUGGCUCUCACGGCGCUCCUGGAUCUUGGGGGGUCCCCCAACUAUAAGGACCGCCGGGGACUGACCCCUCUGUUCCAUACGGCCAUGGUGGGGGGCGACCCCCGCUGCUGUGAGCUGCUCCUGUACAACAGAGCCCAGCUGGGGGUGGCAGAUGAGAACGGCUGGCAGGAGAUUCACCAGGCCUGCCAGCGGGGCCAUUCACAGCAUCUGGAACAUCUGCUCUUCUACGGGGCCGAGCCUGGGGCGCAGAAUGCCUCGGGGAACACAGCCCUGCACAUCUGUGCCCUCUACAACAAGGAGACCUGUGCCCGUGUCCUCCUCUAUCGAGGGGCCAGCAAGGACGUGAAGAACAACAACGGGCAGACGCCAUUCCAGGUGGCAGUGAUUGCUGGGAAUUUUGAACUGGGGGAGCUGAUUCGAAACCAUCGUGAACAGGAUGUGGUGCCCUUCCAGGAGUCCCCGAAGUACGCUGCCCGGCGUCGGGGGCCCCCGGGAUCGGGGCUGACCGUGCCCCCGGCACUGAUGCGGGCCAACAGCGACACCAGCAUGGCGCUGCCCGACUGGAUGGUGUUUGCCGCCCCCGGAGUUCCAUCCUCGGGGGCCCCUGGCCCCGCCUCGGGUACCCCCGGCCCAUCACAGCCCGCCGCUCCCAGCACCAAGCUCAGCAGCGGGACCCUCCGAAGCGCGAGCAGCCCCCGGGGUGCCCGUGCACGCUCCCCGUCGCGCGGGAGGCACCCUGAAGAGACCAAGAGGCAGCCCCGGGGACGGCCCAGCUCCAGUGGGACUCCACGGGAAGGGCCCGCGGGGGGCACCGGCAGCUCGGGGGGCCCUGGGGGCUCCCUGGGAAGCCGCGGGAGACGCCGCAAGCUCUACUCAGCUGUUCCCGGGCGCUCAUUCAUGGCAGUGAAGUCGUACCAGGCCCAAGGCGAGGGCGAGAUUUCCCUGAGCAAAGGCGAGAAAAUCAAAGUGCUUAGUAUCGGGGAAGGAGGUUUCUGGGAAGGCCAGGUCAAAGGUCGCGUUGGCUGGUUCCCCUCGGAGUGCCUGGAAGAGGUCGCCAACCGCUCUCAGGAGGGAAAGCAAGAAAGCCGCAGCGACAAGGCCAAGCGACUCUUCCGGCAUUACACCGUGGGCUCCUACGAUAGCUUUGACGCCCCAAGCGAUUACAUCAUCAAGGAGAAGACCGUGCUGCUGCAGAAGAAGGACAGCGAGGGAUUCGGCUUCGUGCUGCGGGGGGCCAAGGCGCAGACCCCCAUCGAGGAGUUCACCCCGACGCCGGCCUUCCCCGCGCUGCAGUACCUGGAGUCAGUGGACGAGGGCGGUGUGGCGUGGCGCGCGGGUCUGCGGAUGGGGGACUUCCUCAUCGAGGUGAACGGCCAGAACGUGGUGAAGGUGGGCCACCGGCAGGUGGUGAAUAUGAUCCGGCAAGGCGGGAACACACUGAUGGUCAAGGUGGUGAUGGUGACCCGCCACCCCGAUAUGGACGAGGCGGCCCACAAGAAAGCAACCCAGCAGGCUAAGCGACUCCCGCCCCCAGCCAUCUCCCUGCGUUCCAAGUCUAUGACCUCAGAGCUGGAGGAGAUGGUCUCCCCCUGGAAGAAGAAGAGUGAGUACGAGCAGCAGCCGCCGCCGCCGCCUGUGCCCAGCAUGGAGAAAAAGCGGACCGUGUACCAGAUGGCACUCAACAAGCUCGAUGAGAUUUUGGCGGCCGCCCAGCAGACCAUCAGCGCCAGCGAGGGCCCUGGGCCUGGAGGCCUGGCGUCCUUGGGAAAGCACCGACCCAAAGGCUACUUUGCCACUGAGUCAAGCUUUGAUCCCCACCACCGCUCCCAGCCCAGUUACGAACGACCUUCUUACCUGCCCCCAGGCCCUGGGCUCAUGCUUCGGCAGAAGUCUAUUGGGGCUGCUGAGGAUGACAGACCCUACCUAGCACCCCCAGCCAUGAAGUUCAGCCGCAGCCUGUCUGUGCCUGGUUCCGAGGAAAUCCCCCCACCGCCCACCACGUCCCCCCCGGAGCCGCCCUACAGCACCCCCCCGGCGCCCUCCUCCUCCGGCCGCCUCACCCCCUCCCUGCGCGGGUCCUUCAACCCAGGCUCCAGCACCCACCCCGCCUCCUCCCCGUCUUCUUUUGACGGCCCCUCCCUCCCCGAGGGCCGCCUUGGGAUGCGCGACAAGAGCCUGUACCACAGCGGGCCCCUGCCGCCCGCCCACCACCACCCGCCCCACCACCACCACCACCACGCGCCGCCGCCACAGCCUCACCACCACCACGCGCACCCGCCACACCCGCCGGAGAUGGAGACCGGAGGCUCCCCCGACGACCCCCCGCCCCGACUGGCCCUGGGGCCCCAACCCAGCCUGCGAGGCUGGCGCGGCGGCGGGCCCAGCCCCACCCCGGGGGCCGCGUCCCCGUCGCAUCACGCCAGCGUGGGGGGCGGCGGCGGCGGCGGCUCCUCCACGGCCCAGGCGCCCGCCCUGCGCUACUUCCAGCUGCCCCCGCGGGCGGCCAGCGCGGCCAUGUACGUGCCGGCCCGCUCGGGCCGGGGGCGCAAGGGCCCGCUGGUCAAGCAGACCAAAGUGGAGGGCGAGCCCCAGAAGGGCGGCGGGCUGGCGGCCUCGCCCACGUCCCCCGCGUCGCCGCAGCCGCCGCCGGCCGCGCCGUCGGAGAAGAAUUCCAUCCCCAUCCCCACCAUCAUCAUCAAGGCGCCAUCCACCAGUAGCAGCGGCCGCAGCAGCCAGGGCAGCAGCACGGAGGCCGAGCCCCCCAGCCAGGCCGACGCGGCGGGGGGCGGCGGCUCGUCGGCGUCCAGCCCCGCGCCGCCCCUCUCGCCCGUGCCGCCCUCGCCCUCGCCCGUGCCCACGCCCGCCUCCCCCAGCGGCCCGGCCACCCUGGACUUCACCAGCCAGUUCGGGGCAGCCCUGGUGGGCGCGGCCCGGCGCGAAGGGGGCUGGCAGAGCGAAGCCCGCCGGCGCUCCACGCUCUUCCUGUCCACCGACGCGGGCGACGAGGACGCGGGCGGCGGCGGCGGCGCGCUGGGCUCGGGGGCGCCCCCGGGCCCGCGGCUGCGCCACUCCAAGUCCAUCGACGAGGGCAUGUUCUCGGCCGAGCCCUACCUGCGGCUGGAGUCCGGCGGCGGCGGCGGCGGCGGGGGCUACGGGGCCUACGCGGCCGGCGGCCGAGCCUACGGGGGCAGCGGCGGCAGCAGCGCCUUCACCAGCUUCCUGCCGCCGCGGCCGCUGGUCCACCCGCUGACCGGCAAGGCCCUGGACCCCGCCUCCCCGCUCGGGCUGGCCCUGGCCGCCCGCGAGAGGGCGCUGAAGGAGUCCUCGGAGGGAGGCGUGGGGCCGCAGCCCCCUCCCAGGCCCCCCUCGCCCCGUUACGAGGUCCCGCCGCCCACCCCUCACCACCACUCACCCCACGGCCACCACGAGCCCGUGCUGCGCCUCUGGGGGUCCUCCUCCCCGGACCCCGUCCGCCGGGAGCUGGGGUACCGGCCCUCGCUGGGCAGCCAGGAAAAGUCGCUCUCGGCCAGCCCGCCCGCGGCCCGCCGUUCCCUGCUGCACCGCCUGCCCCCCACGGCCCCCGGGGUGGGGCCCCUCCUGCUGCAGCUGGGGCCCGAGCCCCCGAGCCCGCUCCCCGGCGUGAGUAAGGCCUGGAGGUCCAGCGCCCCCGAUGACCCCGAGCGCCUUCCGCUGCACGUGCGGUUCCUGGAGAACUGCCAGCCUCGCGCCGCCGCCGCCGCCAACGCCGCCGCCGGCCCCGGGUCGCGAGGGCCACCGUCGGAGGACGGGCCCGGGGUGCCGCCGCCCAGCCCGCGCCGCUCCGUGCCCCCGUCGCCCACGUCCCCGCGGCCCAGCGAGGAGAACGGGCUUCCCUUGCUGGUGCUGCCGCCGCCCGCCCCGUCGGUGGACGUGGAGGACGGCGAGUUCCUCUUCGUGGAGCCGCUGCCCCCGCCGCUGGAGUUUUCCAACAGCUUCGAGAAGCCCGAGUCGCCGCUCACGCCGGGCCCGCCCCACCCGCUGCCCGAGCCGCCCGCGCCCGCAGCCCCCGCGCCCCCGGUGCCGCCCCCCGCUGUCGCCGCCGCCCCGCCCGCCUUGGACUCCACGCCCUCCAGCCUGACUUCCUACGACAGCGAGGUGGCCACGCUGACGCAGGGGGCCCCCGCGCCUCCCGGAGACACCCCGGCUCCAGGCCCCCCGGCCCCGGUCGCCGCCCCGGCCCCGGCCCCACCGCCAGGUCCGGACCCACCCGCCGGUACCGACUCCGGCAUCGAGGAGGUGGACAGCCGCAGCAGCAGCGACCACCCGCUGGAGACCAUCAGCAGCGCGUCGACGCUUAGCAGCCUGUCGGCCGAAGGCGGAGUCAGCGCAGGGGCAGGGGGCGGCAUCGUGGCCGGCGGGCCUGAGCUUCUGGACACGUAUGUGGCUUACCUGGACGGCCAGGCCUUUGGGGGGAGUGGGACGCCGGCCCCUCCCUACCCUCCACAGCUCAUGACUCCAUCCAAGCUCCGGGGGCGGGCGCUGGGGUCCGCGGGCCUGCGACCGAGCCCCGGAGGAGGCCUCCGGGACCCUGUCACUCCCACCAGCCCCACCGUCUCGGUGACCGGAGCCGGCACGGAUGGGCUGCUGGCCCUGAGCGGUUGCUCAGGACCCUCAGUGGCAGGUGUGGCCGGGAGUCCGGUGUCGCUAGAGUCAGAAGGUCCCCCGGUGCCCUUGCCGUCCUCCUCCUCCCUGCCUCGGAAGCUGCUGCCCUGGGAGGAGGGCCCUGGCCCCCCGCCGCCACCCCUGCCCGGGCCCCUGGCCCAGCCUCAGGCCUCAGCCUUGGCCACGGUCAAAGCCAGCAUCAUCAGCGAGCUCAGCUCCAAGCUCCAGCAGUUUGGGGGCUCAUCGGCAGCUGGUGGCGCUCUGCCCUGGGCCCGGGGAGGCAGCGGGGGAAAUGGGGACAGCCACCACGGGGGAGCCAGCUACGUCCCGGAGAGGACCUCGUCCCUGCAGCGCCAGAGAAUCUCGGAAGACCCCCAGCCCUCCAUCCUCUCCAAACCUGUCAGCAGCCUGUUUCAGAACUGGUCCAAACCACCUCUGCCGCCACUCCCCCCAGGAACCGGGGUCCCCCCUGCAGCUGCUGGAGCCCAGGGGGCCACCUCGCCCUCCGGCUCCUCCUCCACGUCCACCCGCCACCUCCAGGGCGUGGACUUCGAGAUGCGGUCCCCACUGCUCCGCCGGGCCCCCAGUCCCUCGCUGCUGCCCGCCUCGGAGCACAAGGUCAGCCCUGCGCCCCGGCCCUCGUCCCUGCCCAUCCUGCCUUCCGGACCCCUCUAUCCCGGCCUCUUCGACAUCCGUGGCUCCCCCACUGGAGGGGCAGGAGGCUCUGCUGACCCCUUUGCCCCCGUCUUCGUGCCACCACACCCGGGGAUGUCUGGGGGCCUCGGGGGAGGCUUGUCAGGGGCUUCCCGCUCCCUCUCGCCAACCCGGCUGCUGCCGCUGCCCCCGGACAAGCCCUUUGGCGCGAAGCCCCUGGGGUUCUGGACCAAGUUUGAUGUGGCCGACUGGCUGGAAUGGCUGGGCUUGGCCGAGCACCGAGCCCAGUUCCUGGACCAUGAGAUCGAUGGCUCCCACCUGCCCGCCCUGACCAAGGAGGACUACGUGGACCUGGGCGUGACCCGAGUGGGCCACCGCAUGAACAUUGACCGGGCUCUCAAAUUCUUCCUGGAAAGGUGAUGGCUGGCCUGGAUGGACCAGACCAUCCGCUGGAACCCUUGGAGCCUGGCUGACCUCUGACCCCAACCUUCACCCUCUUCCCCAGGGUGAGGGACUCUGCUGAAACUGGGUGCCCCUGCCCUGCCCUGCCCUCUGGUCGCCCAAGGUCGGAGGUCACCAGGUGGCCUGCAGCUGGCAUCCAGACAUUUGCACCUCGUAGAAGAGGGGGCAUCGGAGGAGGAGGGAGGGGGGAAUGGGGACCAAGGAGGAGGAAAGUGUCAGUUUGGGGAAGGGGGGGACAGACAGAGCCAUAGAGGGUCAGCCCGAAGCCUGAUGGGAUGGGGGCUGUCCCCCAAGCCUCAGGAGAAGGGGGUGCCCUCGGAUUCCACCACCUGCCAUCCCCCUCAGCACCCUUUCCCCUCCCCAGCCCCCCCUUGCCCCAGUCUCUUGCACGCUUCUUUGCACUCCUGCUAGCAGCUCUUCCUGCUCCCCGGGCUACAUUUUUGCACAAAUUUGCCCCUCGCUAUCUUGCACACUCUCCGCCUUCUCUGGGAGCUUGCAAGCUCCUCUCCUCAGCUCCCCAUCUCCCCCCCCCCAGGGGCUUGCAAGCUCCUCUUCUUGCCCUUCCCCCCCAGCUGUUUCUCUGUGCUCACUUGCUUUGCUUCACUGUCUCCUUGCACCAGGCCCCUGCUCUCUCUCCCGUGCCCACCCCUCUCCCUCCGGAAACUCUGGACCCUUGCUGCAGACACACUUGGGACCCCUGUUCCACCCCACCCCCUCCAGCUUGCAGCAUUUGUGCUGGCUGGUCUGCACCCCCCUGGCUGCUGGGCUUCUGCAUACUCGCUACCUGGGCACCUCCUAGCACGCGGGCCUCUGCUGCUUCCUUCCAGCACUUCUUCCCACACUCCUGUAUCUCUCCUCCCUCCUCCUCCCUCUCUCCUCUCUGUCUCUGUCUCUCUCUUGUCUCUCUGUCUCUCUGUCUCUCUCUCUCUCUCUCUCACACUGGGGCAGAGCUGCUCUGCCUUGCCCAACUUUCUUUUCCAAAUCUUGCUCCAUUCUUGUCCCCUUGAGGGACUUCGUGGCACCUGUCCCCACCCUGGCCCUUCCACGCUCUCCUGGCCCUCUGCUUCCCCCUUGCAAACAAGGUUCUUGCAGACUCUGGCUUUGCUGCCCACUCGUUCUUCAGUUCCCACUCGUUCUUCGAAGCCCUCCACCCCACCCUGGGCAGCUUGACCCCUCUCCCUCUAGGAGACCACCCCCGCAGCCCACGCGCCCCCCCCCCACUCACUUGCUGUUAGGCUGGCUCUCAUUCCUCUUUCUGCGGCUUGUUUGCCCGCCCUGCCCCGCCCCCCCAAGGGCACUGCCCAUUCUUAGCCACUUGUGCUUUCUCCCUCUGCCAUCAGGCACUGCAUCUCUGAGGCUUGAGACCCUCCUCCCCCUGCUCAUCAUCACCCUGCGGUGUAUCCCCCUCACCCCACUUCUGGGCCAUUUGUCCAUCGUUUUGCACGGAAAUGAUGCCCCCAUCUCCCCAAGAAAUUGGUCCCCCUCCAGCCUGGCUGUUCUUUCCCGCACGCUUCCCCCCUUCUUCCUGGGGCUUGGGAAUUUUAAGCCACCCCUUUCUCCUGGGAAGCCCCCUCCCCUACUGUGGGUAAAGGGGGGAGGGCGCUACCCUCAGGUCCCCCUACUCCCCGUGUUCAGCUGCCAAAGAAGGGAGCUCCCCCUCCCCCAGCCCCUGCCCCCCACUGCCUCCUACCCCUGAGCGGGUGGUGGUCUUGCUCCGUCCUUGGGGGGAGAGUACUCGCAGCCCUCUCCCCUCACCACGUCAGGGAUCUGCGGGGAACCUUGUGGGAGGGUCGUGGGAUGGGGGAGGGAGGAGGGUGGCGUUAGGCCCCUCCCCGCCACCUCCUCCUGGUCAGAUACCUACAUCCGCAGGGGCCUGCGCGGCGCCCAUCUACCAAGGGCUUGUUCAUUCUGGAUGGGUGCCGCGGGGUUGGGGAGGGUGUAAAGGGGUGGGAGGGGGGGAGGAGAGGGCAGGGAGCGGGAAGGGACUGGAUGGGGGGGCAGAGAGGAGAGACGAAGUAAAAAGAGGAACAAUAACAAAAAAUACACAAAAAUGAACCCUAGGACAUACACACACACAAAAAAAAUUCCAGAAAAAAAAAUCCUGAAAUAAAAGCCCGAGAAUUGUCUUCCAAGAGGGGGCGGUGGUAGAAGGCAAAGGAGGGGGGCGGAUGAGGACGUCUGGGUCUCGCUGAGUCGGGGUCACUCGCGGUGAAAGCCGGGCACCCAGGACUACCCUCAACUAUCCUUCAAGGGUUUGGGACCCAGGUGUCCACUUGAGGGAGGCGGGAUAUAUCAUGGGGGUUCAUCUUUAAACCCCCCUCCCCCGUCACCUAUUCCCCCUGACUCCCACUAAGAUUUUGCAGAGAGAAAAGGCUUUUGUACCAGGUCAUUCUUUAUAAUUAAACUCACAGUAUCCAUCCCCUCGA